ACAACAGCCCCAGCUCCAGCCGGCGCUCCGCUCCAGCGCUCGGACGUCUCCAGGCACCCCACUGCGGCUGCGGGCCUGGCUCUCUGUCGCGUGCGCUCGUACCCCAGGAUUCUCCUCCCGCCCUGCACCCUGGAGCGUCCGGCCGCCAGCCUCUGCCAGCUCCUCGGGAUCCUUGCGGCCGUGGGCAGCGGCUGUCGCGCCUGUCCCACUUUGGGAGGACCAUCCUUGCUGCGCGUGCGCAGUAACUUCGGCUGCACGUGCGCAUUAACUCUGGCUGCACAGCGAAGCCCUGGGAUAACACCGGCGCCCCCGCAACAUGGCAGACGAAGACCUCAUCUUCCGCCUGGAAGGUGUUGACGGUGGCGGGUCCUCCGGAGCUGGCCGCCAUGGGGACUCUGACACAGACAGUGACGAUGAUGAGGGCUACUUCAUCUGCCCCAUCACUGAUGACCACAUGUCCAACCAGAAUGUCAACUCCAAAGGCCAGGGCUACUACAACAACCUACUGAAAACGGAGUGUGGCUCCACAGGGUCACCAGCCAGCUCCUUCCACUUCAAGGAGGCCUGGAAGCAUGCGAUCGAGAAGGCCAAGCACAUGCCCGACCCCUGGGCUGAAUUCCAUCUGGAGGACAUCGCCACAGAGCAUGCUACUCGGCACAGGUACAAUGCUGUCACCGGGGAGUGGCUGAAAGACGAGGUUCUGAUCAAGAUGGCAUCUCAGCCCUUCGGCCGUGGAGCAAUGAGGGAGUGCUUCAGGACGAAGAAACUCUCCAACUUCUUGCAUGCCCAGCAUUGGAAGGGGGCCUCCAACUACGUGGCAAAACGCUACCUCGAGCCAGUGGACAGGAGCGUGUACUUUGAGGAUGUGCAGCUCCAGAUGGAAGCGAAGCUCUGGGGGGAGGAGUACAACCGGCACAAGCCCCCCAAGCAGGUAGAUAUCAUGCAGAUGUGCAUCAUUGAGCUAAAGGACAGACAAGGACAGCCCCUCUUCCACCUGGAGCACUACAUUGAGGGCAAGUACAUCAAGUAUAAUUCCAACUCAGGCUUUGUCCGUGAUGACAACAUCAGACUAACACCACAGGCCUUCAGCCAUUUCACAUUUGAACGUUCUGGUCAUCAGCUGAUUGUAGUGGACAUCCAGGGUGUGGGCGACCUUUAUACUGACCCACAGAUCCACACUGAGAAAGGCACUGACUUUGGAGAUGGUAACCUUGGUGUCCGGGGAAUGGCUCUCUUCUUCUACUCUCAUGCCUGCAACCGUAUUUGCCAGAGCAUGGGCCUUGCGCCCUUUGACCUCUCCCCACGGGAGCAGGAUGCCGUGAACCAGAGCACCAAGCUGUUGCAAUCAGCCAAGACCAUCUUGAGGGGGACAGAGGAGAAGUGUGGGAGUCCCCGCAUAAGGACACUCUCUGGCAGCCGGCCCCCCUUGCUCCUUCGCCUGUCAGAGAACUCUGGGGAUGAGAACAUGAGUGAUGUGACCUUUGACUCUCUGCCUUCCUCCCCGUCUUCAGCCACACCACACAGCCAGAAGUUGGACCACCUCCAUUGGCCAGUGUUUGGUGACCUCGAUAACAUGGGCCCUAGAGACCAUGACCGCAUGGACAAUCACCGGGACUCUGAGAAUAGUGGGGACAGUGGGUAUCCAAGCGAGAAGCGAAGUGACCUGGAUGAUCCUGAGCCCCGAGAACACGGCCACUCCAAUGGCAACCGAAGGCCUGAAUCUGAUGAGGACAGCCUGGGCAGCUCUGGACGGGUCUGUGUGGAGACGUGGAACCUGCUCAAUCCCUCCCGCCUGCACCUGCCCAGGCCCUCGGCCGUGGCCCUAGAAGUGCAAAGGUUAAAUGCUCUGGACCUUGGAAGGAAAAUCGGGAAGUCUGUUUUGGGGAAGGUCCAUCUGGCCAUGGUACGGUACCACGAGGGCGGGCGCUUCUGCGAGAAGGAUGAGGAAUGGGAUCAAGAGUCUGCCAUCUUCCAUCUGGAGCAUGCAGCCGACCUGGGAGAACUGGAGGCCAUCGUGGGCCUAGGCCUCAUGUACUCUCAGCUGCCCCACCACAUCCUGGCUGAUGUCUCUCUGGAGGAGACAGAAGAGAACAAGACAAAAGGCUUUGAUUACCUCCUGAAGGCCGCAGAAGCUGGUGACAGGCAGUCCAUGAUUUUAGUGGCUCGAGCUUUUGACACCGGCCUGAACCUCAGCCCAGACAGGUGUCAAGACUGGUCGGAAGCCUUACACUGGUACAACACGGCCCUGGAGACGACGGACUGCGAUGAAGGCGGGGAGUAUGACGGAAUACAGGACGAGCCCCAGUAUGCACUGCUGGCCAGGGAGGCAGAGAUGUUGCUCACCGGUGGAUUUGGACUGGACAAGAACCCCCAAAGAUCAGGAGACUUGUACACCCAGGCAGCCGAGGCAGCAAUGGAAGCCAUGAAGGGCCGGCUAGCCAACCAGUACUAUGAGAAGGCGGAAGAGGCCUGGGCGCAAAUGGAGGAAUAACUGUCCACAGGAUCACUGCCGAGGAGAAGGGCUGGGGAGGGGAGGAUGGGACCCAUUUCUUUUGGGAGGGGAGAAGUAGUUUUACUAUGGUAUAAAUUCACUUUUGUAUUGCCUUUUUUUGACUCUUGACAGUCUUUGCAGCUGGCAGAGACAUUAUAACUGCCCUUUUAGGGGUGGUAUUUUGGGGGAGUGGGGGGUUGAAGAUGCAGCCUAAUGAAUUCUUUUUCCCCCUGUUUUUCUUUUUUUCUGUCCUGAGAUGUAAGCAAGUGUCUUUCUGUCCGAAUGAACAGACAGUAUCAGGGCUUCUCUCGCCGACCUUUGCAGACAGGACUCACAUCCUGGGGUCUCCAGGAUACUGGGAACCCAAAUGGAGGACAGAGACCUUUCUGUUAACUUUCCACCAUGGUUCUUUCUUUCCUCCAGUGGAAGUGAGAUGGUUCAAUACCCAGGCUCCUUCACACUGGGGGAGACAGUUGUGAGAGUCUUUCACAUAAUGUCCUUCCACUGAGCUCAUGACUUCCUGGCAUCCAUUCAAAUUCCUUUUUUUUUUUUUAGACCUUCAAUCUGUUACAGAUUUUACAGAACAGGUUUGGCCUUAUACAUGCAUAUUUACUACCUCUGAGUCCUGCAUCUGUGGAUGUGGAAGCAGAUGUACCUCAAAGCUUUCAAAAGCCAUGACUUAGGAGCUGGGUGACUAUUCUCCAGACAGAAGUACUCUCUGCACCCCAUGGCCACAUCCACUAUGGGACCGAAGCAUCCUUGUACAGAAUUCUGUGGCCGUUCCUUAGUGUGAUGUUUCCUGGACUCUCCUCAACCUGCUCUCCUUGGCAUUUUCUGCUUGAAACUAGGUUUUACUUACUUGACACUAGGUCAUCUGCAGCAAGUGGCUUCCAGCCGCAGCCCCUUGGGAUUUGUCUAAGAUGUUUGAGAAUGAGGAGCGAGAGUGUAAACACUGACUGAGUCUGGGCAUUUCCCCAGGGUCAGGCUGGGAUUUUAAUGAGCUUUCUCUUUUAAAAGAGUUCAGAUUAAUGAGAGUGUGAUUUUAGCCACAGGGAAAUGGCCCGCUUUGAUCCACUACUGAUACCUUUAAAAAACAGAACAGCAGAGUGGGACAUGCCAGCCAUUCUCACCUGUUGCUUAAAACAGGCCUUUUAAGGGUUUCACUGCUGAGUCUGCCCGGUCAAAAACAUGUAGAAGCAUUAGAUUGUAAAGUCUAGAGUAUACAUCCUUUGAGGAAAAAUCAGAUUCAUUAAUCUUGAGGACUGGGAGCCAUGGUAUACACUUGUAGUCCCAGCAUACAGGUGGUAGAGGCAGAAGGAGCAAAGAUUAAGGCCAACCUGGGCUACAUGAUGAGACCCUGUCCCCAAAACAAACAACAAAAGGAGCUGGUGAGAUGGCUCGGUACAUGAAGCUCCUGCCAACCGUGGCCAGACAAUCUGAGUUCUGUUCCUGGGACCCAUGUGUGGACAGAGGGGACCAACUCCUGCAAGGUGUCUUCUGAUCUUCACCUGUGUGGUGUGUCACAAGGGAGCACUCUCUCUCUCUCUCUCUCUCUCUCUCUCUCUCUCUCUCUCACACACACACACACACACACACACACACACACACACACACACAAAACUGUAAGAGAAAUGAAAUAGCAAAAACUACCCUUGAAUACUUUCAUCUAUCUGCAAGUUAUAAAAUCGCCAGGUUUACAUUUGAAGCCAUAACAUCGGGUUCUCUAUGAUGGGUUGGCCCUUGUCCGGCUUUAUCAGUACCAGAACAGUAGCUGGCUUGCGUUGUCCUGCAUGUGUUAAACGUAAGAAGCAAUUUAUUAUGACAUAAUCUCUCAGAGUAACUGUCAUGUAAGUUGUGGUGUAUGUCUGUGUGUGUGUGCGUGUGUGUGUGUGUGUGUGCUGGUCAGCAGACAACCUCAAUUUUGUUCCUCAGGAGCUGGCCAUCUCCUUCCAUUGAGUCUCUCACUGGUCUAGAACUUGCCAAAUAAGCUGUGCUGCCUUACCAGUGAACUCCAGAGAUAUGUCUGUCUAUCCUUCCUAAUUCUGGAAUUACAAACUCACAUUCUCUACCCGUUGAUUAGUCCUUGUCUGGAUCACUUAAAGCCUCAGGCCUGAAAUUCCCCCACCACAUGGCCUUAAUUCGAGGAAGUGGUCUCGUGCUCCUCCAAGAGGCUGGGAUGGCCUGGUGCACAGCUAAGCAAAUGCUUCUUCAAGGACCCUUGCAGAUGACAAGGGAGCUUUGAGAGCCUGCUGUAUGUAUGAUGCUAGCUAGCACUUGGAGGCCAAGGCUGGAUUAUGAGUUUGAAGCCACCCUGGACUAUUUACUGACUGUCUAAAAAAGAAAAAAAAGCCCUGGGGGCUGGAGAGAUGCCUCAGUGGUUAAGAUCAUUGCUGCUCUCCCCUAAGACCCAGGUUCAAUUCGCAGCCCCCAUAUGGCAGCUCACACCUGUCUAACCCCAGUUCUGAGGGAUCCGAUGCUCACACAAACAUGCAGGCAAACCACCAAGGAACAUAAAAGUAAAAAUAAAUCAUAAGGGAUUGGGGAUUUAGCUCAGUGGUAGAGCGCUUGCCUAGCAAGCUCAAGGCCCUGGGUUCAGUCCCCAGCUCUGAAAAAAAGAAAAAAGAAAAAAAAAUCAUUAAAAAAAUUGUAGUUUGGGGGGUGGGAAUGGGAGAGGGGAGAAAAGGGGAUAACAUUUGAAAUGUAAAUACAUAAAAUAUCCAAGAAAAAUAAAAUUUAAAAAAUACAUAGUUCAAACCUGUCAUGUCAGCACUGUACUUGGGAAGCUGAGGUGUGAGGGUCACUGAGUUUUAUGCUGGUUUGGGCUACAUAAUGACUUGCAGUUAUGCCUGAGGUACUGAGACUUUCAUGCAGAAGUGGCUAUUUCUCCUUCCAAACCUAAGUCUUACACCUUCAAAAGCUGGUCAGGGCACUUUCUCUUUCUGUAUAUGCUGGGCAUGACAAGAACAAGCCAACAGGAUUCAGCUCCCAGGCAGGGAGACACCAGUGCCCGGCAUCUAUGAUCAAUUCUGCUUUCCAGAGCUUGAAGCAGGUAACAGCCUCGAUUCAUGGACCUGAUAUGUGUACUUUCAUCUCAGAGACAGAAACCAGGCUUCAGUGGUGCUGCUCACUAGGGGCUAAGCAGGUGCUGGGGGCCAGAGAGCUGCCGUUUCCAGAGGACUCUGGGAAUAAAAACAUCUAACUGUAAUGUGAUGGCGUAUUCCAUUUUGCAACAUAGAUAGAGAAAUUUAAAUGAGAUAGAAUUGGAGUGAGUAUGUGCUUAGCAUACAGUCAACAUACAAGCUUUAUGGGUAUAAAAAAGAGAAACACUGUUCGACUCACUGCUUCAGAAUAACCCUGCUCCCUGCACGCCGGACCAGCCUGACAGGCGAGCUGCCUUGACUGCUUAGUGAUUCCCCAUCUGUCCUUGCUGUCCAUCAUCCCGGCAUCUUCGUGUCAGCAGGUGUGGUUUGCAGAUUCACACACACAGGUAUAUGCUGCUUGAGAUGUGAGUGGGGGACAUAUGUGCCUAUUCCUUGCUUGGACUUGUGCCUCUUCCUUACAUUUUGUCUCUGACCUCCUCAAGGCAACUGGCCGAAGAGCAGGGGCAAUUGUGUGUACAUCAGAUUCUGGCUUAGCUUCCCCAACAGUUUGGUUUUUUUGAACUGUCUCAAACCCACACAUCUCCCUCGCUUUGAAAACAAAUCAAGAAAUGAGGGAAGUUUGUAUCUACAUAGAGGCUGAAGUGAGCCACCGGGGGCACGGAUCGAAGAGCAGGUCUGCUCACCUUCAACAUGAGUUCCAUCGCCUGGAGUGUAGGCCCAACUCGGUUCCGUGCUGGCUUUUCACAGUAGGAAAACGUCUUAAUGUGGUGCCUCUUGAUUUCUAACAUCUGUAAUAAAUUCUAAUAAAGGAAGCCUGGCCCUUA